AUGGACGAUCGCGAUAAAAUAAUUAUUGCUGUUGUAUUUGGUAUAGUUGGUGCUAUAUCAAUAAUUGUAAUUAUUUGUUUAAUAAUUUGGUUUAUUGUUCGUCAUAAAUCAAAUUCAAAAAAUCACACUAAAAAUCCUUCUAUACCACAUCGGCAGCAGUAUGAACGUUCACAAAAUAUAUCUCUAACGAAGUACAAUAGCAAUAAACAACGAAAAAGAAAACGAAGAUUUAAUACAAACGAUUCGGCAAUUUCGUUUUCAUUCAAUCCACCACAUUUAAUCAAUCAAAAUGUCAAAAAUUUAGAUAAAUUAGCUCCUCUUGAAUCUUCAUUCACAACAAAUCUAUGGCAUCCUGAAGACACAUCACCAGCGGGAAAAGUUGAUAAUUUUGAUCGUUGUUAUAUUAAUUCAACAAGCGAAGCUGCUCAUAUACCAUCGUCUCUAUCUACUUCGAUAUCUCAUCCAAUCAAAGAUCUUCAAUGUUAUCAACAAUUAAACGCCUUACAGUUUCAUUUUUUAAAUGAACUCAAUCGAGGUAUAGUUACAAGACAAGGACAACCACCAAUGAAUCCUAUAAAAUAUUCUCAAAGUUGUCGACAACCAACUGACCUAUUACCAUUCGAUUAUUUUCGUUCAAUAACAUCAUCGAUUAUACUAACAAAUGACGAUUCACUAGAAAAGAAUCCUAUUCAAACACCGAAAUAUUCAAAUGCAACACUAAUGCGUAGAGCACAUUUAGCAAAACUCAGAGAUGAUACUGCUAUUCUGUAUUAA